AUGGCGGACGUCCAAGAGUUCGUGAGAAAGUGCAAGAAAUGUCAAGAGAAUGAAAAUUUUUACAAGGCCCUAGCAGAAGAGCUAAGUUCCAUGUUGGCCUCCCCGACCUUUUUCCUAGUGGGGAGUCGACCUUUUGGGGCCGUUCUUGGUAGCUUCGGGGUAGAGGCAGAACCGUUAGCCAAUAUAUCGUCAGCAAAUUGUCGGAAGUUUCUGUGGGAACAAGUAAUCUCCAGAUUUGGAAUCCCAAAGAUCGUGGUCUCGGACAAUGGGACGCAGUUCUCUGACAAGAGGUUCAGAGAGUUCUUAUCUGGGUUGGGGAUCAAGCAAAAGUUUUCCUCGGUGGAACAUCCCCAGAGUAAUAGUCAAGCCAAGGUGGCGAAUAAGGUUAUCCUCAAUGAGUUAGAAAAGUGCCUUGAUCAGCGAAAGGGCUCUUGGUCAGACGAGCUAGCUUCUGUUUUAUGGUCUUAUAGGACAAUGCUGCAGUCCUCCACCAGGGAGACGCCAUUCCGACUUACUUAUUGGGUCGAUGUGGUCAUUCUUGUGAAAAUCGGAGAACCAAUCCCAAAGCUACUCCUGGGCAGUGGUAGUGAAGCAAUUGAAAAAGAUUUAAUUGAUGAAACAAGAAAAAUGGUCCACUUAUCGGAAGUUGCACUAAAACAGAGGAUAGCCUUGCGUUACAAUCGCAAGGUGCUGAACAAGAACUUCGAGGAAGGUGAUUUGGUGUUUGAUGUUGGCCAAUUUUGCAUAGGUUAG